UUUUCUGACACAAAACAAACCUAUCAACACAUACAGGAGGGAGGAAGAGGAACUCAGUCUCCCGGAAUCUUUCCUACUUUUUUGUAUUCUUCUUCUUCUUCUUCACCAACUCCUUCUCUCUCCCUACUGUACUCUCUUUCUACUGUAAUUUUGCAUUUGGAAAUCUGUUUCACUUAACUUCCUGAAAAUGGUUCACUUUCAUUGAUAUCAUCUACACUCACCAAACACCUUCUCUUCACUUCAUUCACUCAAGAAAUGGAGGUGGUGGAAGCAGUAAAUGUAGAUUCGGUUGAGGAUCUAGUGAAGAAGCCUGAAGCAACGAUGAAAUCUAGUGUUGGUACUACUUCAUCAGCUGAAAGUGGUGUUAAGAGAUCUAUUAAAGCUGCUGGUGUUCCUUCUAGGGUUUUAGCAUCAACAACAAGCAGCAGAAAGAAAAUUGAAGGUACUAAUUUGCCUGGUUCUACUACUAAUUUGGUCAGAACAACUGUUACAAGAUCUUCUUUAUCCCCAGUAACAGCACCACCAGUAAGAAGAAAUAGUACUGGUGGGUUAACAAGUAAGCAGCCGGUUACUCAUCGGAAACCAGCCGAUAGUGCUGCUGCUGCUAUGCCGGUACCUGGAAGAAGAACUACUCCAGCAGCAUCAGACCCGACGAAGAGUGCUUCAUCAGAACCUAGAAGAGCUUCGUUUCCAUCAGUUUUGAAUAAAUCUGUAAACAAACCAAGUGUUUCUGAUGCAAAGAGAAGUUCUCCAGUAUCAAGUGUUAGUAGUAGAGGUUUAAGGACAUCGCCAGGAUCUGAUACAAGUAAACAAGAUUCAGUUAGGAAGCCCUCUGUAAGGUCAUCAACUUCGGCUGCCUCUUCCAUCAAAAGAGGUCCUUCUUUGUCGCUGGAUACUAGUGUUAAUAGCAGCAGUAAUAGCACCCUUAGGAAGAGUGUUACUAAGCUCUCUUCUCCAUCAAGUCGAUCACCUUCAGUUAACAGUGGGAAGUCAGCGGCAGAUAGGGGUUCUUCUUUGUCUGGUCGGAAAAAGGCAUCAACUCCUGAAAGUCGAGAUUCUCGCUUUAUUGUGCUCCCUCAGGUGGAAAUUAAAGCUGGGGAUGAUCUGAGGCUGGAUCUAAGGGGUCACAGAGUUCGAAGUCUCAAUUCCAGUGGGUUAAAUUUGUCAUCUAAUUUGGAGUUUGUUUAUCUUAGGGAUAAUCUUUUAUCCUCUUUGGAGGGAAUUGAGAUCUUGAAGCGGGUUAAGGUUCUUGAUUUAAGUUUUAACGAGUUUAAAGGACCUGGAUUUGAGCAACUUGAAAAUUGCAAAGCCCUGCAGCAACUUUAUCUUGCGGGAAAUCAAAUCACAUCACUUGUAAGCCUUCCCCAACUUCCAAACCUAGAGUUUCUCUCAGUUGCACAAAAUAGGUUAAAGUCGCUUUCUAUGGCAAGUCAGCCUCGACUGCAGGUAUUAGCUGCUAGCAAGAACAAAAUAUCAACUCUAAAGGGUUUCCCACAUUUACCAGUUCUCGAGCAUUUGCGAGUGGAAGAGAAUCCUAUCCUCGAGAUGCCUCACUUGGAGGCAGCUUCCAUACUGCUUGUUGGUCCUACAUUGAAAAAGUUCAACGAUAGAGAUCUUUCUCGCGAUGAGCUUGAAAUUGCAAAGCGUUAUCCUGCACAUACAGCUUUAUGCAUUAGAGAUGGAUGGGAGUUUUGCCGUCCUGAUCUUGUUGUUGAUUCGACCUUCCGGUUUCUUGUUGAGCAAUGGAAGGAUCAGAUGCCUCCAGGCUACUUGCUUAAGCAAGCUUCUGUUGAUCCACCAUUUGAGGAAGAUAUUUGUCGCUGCCACUUUGUUUUUGCCAAAGAUCGCUCUCUAACCAAUGAUUCAGAAUUAUCCUUGAAAUACCAGUGGCUUGUAGGAGAAAAAACCCCUACAAAUUUUUUGCCAAUUGCCAAUGGAAAUGGAGAGGUAUACUGGCCAAAGCGCGAGGAUAUCGAUAAGUUUCUCAAGGUUGAGUGUACUCCCACGUUGAAUGAUAUUGAGUAUCCUUCUAUUUUUGCUAUAUCUUCGCCGGUUUCCUCGGGAACUGGGUACCCAAAAGUUUUGAACCUUAGCGUGCAAGGUGAACUUGUGGAGGGGAAUGUGAUCAAGGGUCAUCCUGAGGUUGCAUGGUGUGGUGGGACUCCAGGAAAAGGUGUUGCAAGCUGGCUUAGGCGAAGGUGGAACAGUAGUCCUGUAGUUAUAGUUGGGGCAGAAGAUGAAGAAUAUCGAUUGACUACAGAUGACAUAGAUUCAAGUUUGGUAUUCAUGUAUACACCAGUAACGGAAGAAGGUGCUAAAGGAGAACCUCAGUAUGCUAUGACAGACUUCAUAAAAGCAGCGACUCCAUCUGUCAGUAAUGUCGAGAUUCUUGGAGAAUUCGUUGAAGGAAAUACAAUUAAAGGCGUCGGUGAAUAUUUUGGAGGUAGAGAAGGCCCUAGCAAGUUUGAGUGGUUACGUGAGAAUAAGGAAACUGGUGAUUUUGUACUGGUUUCUACUGGUACCCCUGAGUACAAUUUGACCAAGGAUGAUGUGGGUCGUCGCUUAAAGUUUGUGUAUAUUCCUACCAAUUUUGAAGGGCAGGAGGGAGAAUCUGCAUCUUUCUCAACUCAGAUUGUUAAGCAAGCUCCGCCUCGAGUUACUAAUUUGAAGAUAGUUGGUGACCUUAGGGAGGGAAAUAAGGUUACUGUCACUGCUAUUGUCACUGGAGGAACCGAAGGAUCUAGUAGAGUUCAGUGGUUUAAAACAAGUUCCUCUAAAUUGGAGGGUGAGGAUGAUCUAGAGAUUCUAAGUGCAUCAAAAAUUGCAAAGGCUUUCCGUAUACCUCUAGGAGCUGUUGGUCAUUACAUAGUAGCAAAGUUUACACCUAUGGCUCCAGAUGGUGAAUCUGGUCAGCCAGCGUAUCUCAUAUCUGAAAAAGCAGUUGAAACUCUUCCCCCUAGUCUAAAUUUCCUUUCCGUCACGGGUGAUUACGCUGAGGGUUCGAUACUGACAGCAUCAUAUGGGUAUAUAGGAGGACAUGAAGGAAAAAGUGUCUAUAAUUGGUAUCUCCAUGAGACUGAAAAUGGAGCAGGUUCUUUAGUGCAAAGUGCGUCGGGCCAUCUUCAGUACCGAAUUACCAAAGAUGCCAUUGGAAAGUUUGUUUCCUUUAAAUGCUCUCCUGUCCGUGAUGACGGUAUUUUUGGUGAGCCAAGGACUACCAUGGCACAUGAGCGGGUUCGUCCUGGAAGUCCAAAGCUGCUUUCGUUGGAAAUAUUGGGGAAAUCUAUUGAGGGGACUACGCUGCAGGUUGAGAAGCAGUACUGGGGAGGGGAAGAGGGUGAUUCAGUUUUCCGUUGGUUUCUGACUGAUUCUGAUGGAACACAAAGCGAAAUUAAAGGUGCCACUGGUGCAUCAUAUUUCCUCACAAAUGAAGAUAUUGGGUACCUUAUUUCUGUUUCUUGCGAACCCAUUAGAAGUGACUUGGCCCGUGGUGCUACUGUUCUAUCUGAGCAAAUUGGACCUGUUGUGCCUGGGCCCCCGACUUGCCAGUCUCUUGAAUUUAGCGGACCGCUGAUGGAAGGAAAACGUCUAGGCUAUAUCGCGACAUACACUGGGGGCGAACAAGGAAGUUGCUCACAUGAAUGGUUUAGGAUUUCAAGUGAUGGUACGAGAGACAAACUAAGUAAUGAUGCGGAGUAUCUCGAUUUGACUGCUGAGGAUGUGGGUAGAUGCAUAGAGCUCAUUUACACACCAGUCCGGAAAGAUGGAAUUAAAGGGACUCCCAAGCUUGUAAAGUCAGAUGAGAUUGCUCCUGCGGAUCCAAUGGGCGUGGAGCUUGUCAUUCCAGUCUGCUGCCAGGACACCUUAGUUGUUCCUCAGAAAUCUUACUAUGGUGGAAAGGAAGGCAACAGCGAUUAUACUUGGUACAGAACAUAUAAGAAGCUGCAGGAAUCUGAUGGCAUUGAUUCUGAAGAUGUUUUUAUAUGCGGAAAAUCAUUAACAUAUACUCCAGUGCUGGAAGAUGUGGGAGCUUAUUUGGCCUUAAAUUGGGUGCCCACACGUAUGGAUGGAAAAACAGGGGAACCACUGGUUGCAGUUAGCAGUAAUCCUGUUGCCCCAGCUUCACCAGUAGUUUCUAAUGUCCGGGUCAAGGAGUUAUCCUAUGGGUUAUAUUCUGGAGAAGGGGAAUAUUAUGGUGGAUAUGAGGGAUCAAGCGUGUUCAACUGGUACAGGGAGACUAAUGAUGGCACUAUUGUUCUUAUUAAUGAAGCUGACUCGACCACUUAUGAAGUGACUGAUUCGGACUACACUUGCCGCUUGUUAUUUGGCUAUACACCAGUUCGUUCUGAUAAAGUUGCUGGGGAACUUAAAUUGUCUGAGCCCACUGACAUUAUUCUUCCAGAGCUGCUGAGGAUUCAAAUGCUUAGUCUCACUGGAAAGGCUGUAGAAGGAGAAAAACUCACUGCUGUUGAAAUAAUUCCGGAGACUGACAUCCAAAAACAUGUUUGGGACAAAUACAAGAAGGCCAUCACAUAUGAAUGGUUCUUUUCAACUGAAGAUGGUGAUAAUAAAUCUUUUCUGCCAUUAGCUUCACAUCGUUCAAGCUCUUUUAAAUUGCGGUUUGAGGAUAUAGGUAGAUCCCUGAGAUGUGUUUGUGUUGUAACUGAUAUGUUUGGAAGGUCCAGUGAGUCUGCAGCAGCAGAAACUACACCCGUCUUGCCAGGGAUCCCGAAAAUUGAUAAGCUGGAGAUAGAGGGGAGGGGUUUUCACACUAAUUUAUAUGCUGUACGUGGCAUCUAUCAUGGAGGUAGGGAAGGCAAAAGCAGAAUUCAGUGGCUCCGGUCUAUGGUUGGAAGUCCUGAUCUCAUCUCUAUUCCUGGUGAAGUAGAGAGGAUGUAUGAAGCUAAUGUUGAUGAUGUGGGGUAUAGGCUUGUGGCAAUAUACACUCCUAUCAGAGAAGAUGGAGUUGAAGGACAACCUGUUUCUGCAUCAACAGAUCCUAUUCUUGUUGAGCCUGAUGUACUUAAAGAAGUGAAGCAGAAGCUGGAACUUGGAACUGUGAAGUUUGAGGUACUGUGUGAUAAGGACCGGACUCCAAGGAAGCCACAGGUUCCUGGACAAGGAAGUCUUGAAAGAAGAAAUCUUGAAGUUAAUCGUAAGAGAGUUAAAGUAGUUAAACCUAGUACAAAGACAUCGUUCGCGACUACUGAAAUUCGAGGAACUUAUACUCCCCCCUUUCACGUGGAGCUUUUCCGAAAUGACCAACAUCGGAUGAGAAUUGUGGUGGAUAGUGAGAAUGAAGUGGAUUUGAUGGUACAGUCUCGGCACAUAAGGGAUAUCAUUGUCCUUGUUAUUCGAGGCCUAGCUCAGAGAUUCAAUAGCACUUCCCUCAAUUCCUUACUGAAGAUAGAGACAUGAACAAAGUGAUGGACCAAUUGCGGAAAGAGCAAGAAAAUGAGUCUGAUGAGCAUAGUAUGCUUGGUUGUAGAGUUUGAGAUGUGAAUGUGUUUGCCUUAGUUAUCUCCUUUUUUUGUUAGGUUAUUGCUAUUAUUUCAUUGUGGGUUUCUUGUAUAAAAUUUACAUGGUGGGUGGGUGGGUGGGUUUCUUGUCAAUUUUGUUGUAAAUUUUUGUGUAUCUCGUUAUAGUUUUUUUCAUCUUUUCAUACUAGCCGAUAGAGCUUGCAUUUUAUAUAUCAGUUACUCGUUCAUAUUUUAGCAGAAAUGUUUAGUUCUCAAUUGUUUUCGUGGUGCAA